CAGCGAUAGUUCCUUUCUUUCUGGGGUUUGGUUCCUCCCCUCUGACUCCCUCCCGUUCCCCUCCCCCUCCUCGGGUAGAAUGAGAUGGGCCGGCUUCCGUUAGCAACCCGUCGUACAGUUCGUCAGCUUCCUUAUUAUCUUCCCCCUCUUCCUCCCUCCCCAACGCAGCUGCCCUGGUUGGGUGCGUGUCCCUGGCCGCUGCUUGCCGCGCUGCCCUGCGCGGUGGUCCUGGCGGGCGUGUGGGCGGUGCAGCGGAACAGCGACUGGGCGUGGGGGCUACAGGACCUGCAGGGUGUGGCGCUGAUGCUGCUGGUGCUGCGCACGCUGCGCAUCCCCUCCCUAAAGGUGGCGUGUCUGCUGCUGCCCGCCUUCCUGUUGUACGACGUGUUUUGGGUGUUCGUACAGCCGCUGCUGUUUGGGGGCGGCGAGAGCGUCAUGGUAGAGGUGAGGGAGUCGAGGUGGGGGGUGGUGGUGGUGGCAGUGCUUUUCCCGGCCCCGGCUUAGUUCCGCUAUACCCCCUCUGCUCUCCCCCACUGCUGCGAAGCACCCCAUACACAUCAACCCCUUGUCCGCUCCUCUCCCAUGCAUCACCCAUACCCGCAUUACCCCCAUGCAUCCCACCCCCCCUGUUCCGCUCCCUCCCCCGCGCAGGUUGCUCAAGGCGGCGGCAGUGGCGAGUACCUGCCCAUGCUGCUCCGUGUGCCGCACUUCGGCCUGCCUGCCGGCCUGGGCGCCUACUCGCUACUGGGCUUCGGUGACGUCAUCAUGCCGGGACUGCUGGUGGCGUAUACGCGGCGGUUAGAUCUGGAUCUUGGUUUGGAUCUUGGUUUGGGACUGGGAGGAGGGCUGGGGAGCAGUCUGCAGGGGGGUGGGGGUGGGAGCGGCGGCCCAUGCGGACGGUUGCUGGGUCUGCUGCUGGGCUGCUUGUGCUGCGGAUGUAGCGGUAGGGGUGGUGGUAGUGGGAAUGGCGGUGUUGGAGGGGGAAGCAGCAGCUUGGUAGUGGGCUUGCCGGGUUAUGGGGGUGGUGGUGGUGGUAGUCAGGUGACGGCGAGGGGCCGGCUGGUGCCGUACCUUGCUCGUUCGUACUUUCCGUACACCAUUUUGUCGUACGGCGCCGGGUUGUGUCUGACGUACGCAGCGCUUGCGUUUAGCUGGUUUGGGGAUCAGGGGCAGCCAGCGUUGUUAUACUUGGUGCCAUGCACGCUGCUAACGGUGCUGGGUUUGGCAGCGGCGCGAGGGCAGCUGGGGCUGUUGUGGCGUGGAGGGACCCAUGGGUCACCUGGGUCGGCGGGGCGGUUAGUUACGGAUCACGAGUCGGAUCCAGGAGAUGGCAGCACAGGAGGAGGGGUGGCGGUUUCGGCGGUCGCACGAGGAGCAGGUGGCUACGUUGGGGUGGCAUCUACCGGUGCGGGAGCAGUUGGAGCCGACGAGGGCGGGAACGGUGGGGAUGUGGAAGCUGGAGGGAAUGGUGCUGUUGCGGUUGGGUUUCGAAGCGGGAGGGGAGGGAUGCCGUACAGCAAGCUGCCUUCGCAGCCUCAGCUUUCGUGAUUGCUGUGUUAUUAGCGGUAGGUAGCCAGGCAACCGGGUUUGCACAAGAGAUGCGGAAAAGAGGUAGGGAGCGUGUAAAAUGGAUGAGAGCAGGACGAGGCGAUGGUGGGUGGAAAUAGCUUAAAUACACCAUUACAACAGUGACACUCCGAUGAUAAUAACCGAAUAACGCCCUUCCAUGGUAAAGGGAUUGAAUCUGUAUAUGUAUCCUGUUACUAGUACCCUAGUCGUACAGACUAAGCAAACCACGCACCCUUUGUUGUACAAUGUUACCCUCUACAGGGCCUUACGCACGAAUUAUUGAAAAAGAUGUUAAUGGAGCGCUUGUCAUGUUUUUGGGUAUCAUGGUGCUAUACGGUUUGUGAUUGUGUCUGUAGGGCAUGUGUUCUUGUCAUGGGCUCAACUAUCAUGCAUGGCAUGGCAUGCGGCUCUUUAGCGGUUCUGUACGGCAAUAACAAUGGUUCACCGGUUUUUGAAUGCGUGAUCUCCAAGGGUGGCGCGUAGGAAGCUACCGUUUCCUUUCCUUGUACGUAGGAUGACGGCCAACAGGCCGUAACCUGUUGUUAGCUGACUCUAGCGCUUUUUCACGUUACGUAUAUUUGGUAUGAAGUUGUAAACCUAUGUGCC